UUUUUCGUCGUUGAUUCGUCGUCUUGUCGGCAAUGGAUCACGGAAAAGACAUUAGCCAUAAAAUUCGGUCAGCAAUAAAGGCAAAGUUGAUAGAAUUAAAUGCCUAUGUUGAUGAUGAACUCCCUGACUACAUUAUGGUUAUGAUUGCCAAUAAAAAGACAGAAAAACAGAUGAACAGUGAUCUCAAUUUGUUCCUAAGCCACAACACAGAAAAGUUCACAUCAUGGUUGCACAUUUUGUUGAAAAAGCUUCAAAGUCUUGGAACAGACCAACAGAAAUCAAAAGAGUUAGAAAAAGCAGAAACAAAAGAUAAUGACCAUCAGAAAGAGAUUUAUGUAGAUAAAAAAGAGAAGCAAGGGAAAAGGCAGCUGUCAACAGAGAAGAAAGAAAAGACAAAAGAGAAAAUCAAAGACAGUAGGGAAAAGACAAAGGAGGUCAAAAGUGUCACCAAAGAGGGCAAAAAAAGCAAGGCUGGUCCUGAAGUAGACCCAGAAAUUGAGGAUUUGCUGACGAACAAAGAGGAAGAUGAGUUUGCUGCAGAGUUCAAAGAGGAACCUAGUGUAACAAAGGGGAAGACAAAACCAGCUGAUAAAAAUGCAUCAUCCCAGGAUAAUAAACAGAAGGUUAGUCAGGUCAGCUCUCAGAGUAAAGCCAAGUCUGCUGUGAAGCCAGUAUCAGUACAUUCUCGCCUAGGUCUACCUAUAUCUCCAGAUAAAGAGAGAAGAACCUCCUCUAGAGAUUCACCCCCAGGCAGAACAGUCCAAAGACCCUCAUCAUCAAAGAGAACUGUAACUCCUCCCAGAAGGCGACAGCCUACGUCUGUUGUGGCCUCAGUGAAGAGGAAGUUUGAAUUGGAGGAAGAAGAGGAGUACGACCCUUACAACCCCGCAGUGGGCAGCGUGGCCAGUGUGGUCCAGGUCUCCUCUCGACCUAGAAAGUCCAGUGUACCAAUUACAAAACAAGCCAACAAAAGCCUGAUACUGAAAGCUACGGCAGAAGCUGAGAAAUCUGUUUCUAAGGCUAUGAAUGCUGUACUUAAAGAGGAAAAAUUGUACAGUGCCAAAGAGGAUGCUAGAACACGACUUAAGAAACCUGUAACUGUGACACUUCAUGGAAGGAGUGGAUCUAGUGGGGUGGAAUCCAGAAAAUCUGCUACUGCAGAAAAAGCUACAAGAGGGCUGGUCUCCAACUCAAAAAAGACAGAGUUGAUGAAAAAUAUGAAAUACACUAUAGAAAACAAACCCAAAUCACAAAAAGUUCAAGAAGUGGCACAUGUGAUUCCAGUGGUUGAUAGUCGGUACAUUGAGAUCCAAGACAGAACAGAGGAUGGAGACAGUGUUCACAGCAGCUCAAACACCAGUCAGCAGCUUCCUGUGGGGUCAGAUGAUGACCAGUCCCUCAGUCCUGACGUUGAUCCAGAUGUGCAACAACUCUUACAGCAGGAGUCUGAGAGGGACCUGCCCUCCCAGGGCAGCACUGACUUAGGGCUCGAGGAGGCAAGUCCAGAGGAAUUAGAGGAGGCAGACAUUGAUGAGGAUGACGAUGUUACACAGAGGGCCAUGUUAUUGAAGCAGCAGAGUUUGCUGAAGAACAGAAAGAGGACACUGGCUCAGACCAAAACAGAAAAACCAACAGCCUUUGUGUCACCUGUGGACACCAGGUUUAUAGUCACACUGGAUGGGGUGAAUCCUGACCGGUUUGAAGCUGAAAAGGAAGGAGGGGGAGGUGACAUGGAGAUCUCCAGUGAGAUCUCAAAGAAAACUAUUGUACACUCGGCUCCGGAAGUUAAACCAAUUACAUUUAGCCUAAAAGAUACAGAUGAUGAAGAAGAGGAAGAAGUUCUUCCAUCAAAAGCUGCCAAAUUGUCUGAAAAAUGUAGAUUCUGGCCAGCAUGUGUUAAUGGCAAUGCUUGUCUGUAUCACCAUCCCACAAUGCCUUGCAAAAUGUUUCCUCAGUGUAAAUUUGGGGACAAGUGUCUAUACAUACACCCUAACUGUAAGUUUGAUGCCCAGUGUACUAGGAAGGAUUGUCCAUUCACUCAUGCCAGCAAGAGAAACACAUCUACCACAGUCAUACAGAAAAUCGUCCAGGUCCCAGUCCCAAUGGCAGCUUCCUAUGGAUCCUCAUUCAACAAGGCUCCCACUCCCAACACACCAAUUACCUGCAGGUUCUUCCCUAACUGCAGCAAUGUCCAGUGUACCUUCUAUCACCCUAAGCCUUGUCGAUUUGGAAUCAAGUGCAUGAAUAAACCAACCUGUACUUUUUACCACCCUUCUGUGCCAAGCAAAAGUCAGCUGACAUGGACUUCCACCAGUAAACGGUCUAGUAUUCACAUCAGCCAAAGACAGUUUGAUGCUGGGGCAGCAGAAUCAUUACCUGUAUCUCUAGGAUAGAGAAGGAACUACCACAAAACUGUGUUUUCCUUAAACAUCACAGCAAAACUUUUCAGUUUUGGGAAAACAUAUCAGUGUCACAAAUGUCCUUCAAGACAAAGAAAACCUUAGAGUCAAAGUGUUGCAGUUACUGUAUAGUCAAGUUCUAAGAGAAAAUGUUCAGAGCUCCACUCUCUUCCUCAAUGUCAUCAUGGAUUUCAACAGAAUAGUUUAUUUCUUUAAACAUAUAAUCACACUGCAUGCUUAUCAGCGUAAUAUGAAGUUUGAAGAUAAAAUUUGCAUUUUUGUGUCGACUGCAGAGCAAAGCAAUGCUUAGGGAUCACUUUACCCGGCGUCUAGCUGUCUGUCUAGUUGUCUGUCCCUCUGUCACACCUUAUAUCUCAAGAACUGUAAGAGGAAUGGAAUUGAUAUUUUGCACAUAUAUUGCUUGGCACUGUGACUUUUGUAAAUUACCUUGUUACUGACCUCCUGACCCUUGACCUUGGAUCUACUUUUCCAAACAGAUCAUAGUGCUGAUAUACAGCAUAUUUUUGACAUUUAAGAGGUAAGUCUAUGCUACUUAGCAUGUGCACUGUUUGUCAUAAAACAUUAUGAAAAAUACCAACAUUACAAUCCAUUUUACCUUGACCUUCGACGUACUUUACAAAAAAUACCCCUAGCAGUUUGAUUAUAUUAACUUGUGAGUUUUGAAUUUUGAAAGGCAGGGUUUUGAUAUAAAGCAUUUCCAUGUUUAUGAGCUCAUGAUACUGUACUUUGAAACUGUAUGAUAUUCAGUUACCACACAAACUUAUAUUCAGAUACUAUGAAAAUAUAUUGGAAUCGGUAUUCCACAAUGGAUUUUGUAGUCUGACAAUUGCAGUAAAAGACAGACUGGAAUCUCUUUUGGAGGAUUGUUGGAAAUACAUAUUAAUAGACGAUAAAUGAUUAUUUCUAAUAAUUUCAAUUUAAUCAUUCAUUUGAGGGUUGGGAACCCAUAUUUUCUUUCAUCUUCAGAUUCUGUCGCAGUCUUAUACUAUUUUUCUUUGCAGGCAAAUACAUGAAAAUAAAUAGCUGACCAUUCUUAGAUUUAUUUACAUAUUUAAUGAAGCUUUAAAGCAGGCGACACAUGUGUUCCUUGGAACACUCUAGUUUUAUUUUUAACAUGGUUAAACCCUUCAUAAAGCAACAAUGAUUCAUCUAUGUAAACAUAUUAUAAUGUGUGUUAAAUUCAUACCAUUGAGAUGUAGACAAGCAACAAGAUAUGUUACAAUGCAAAGGGCAGCAACUUGUAGACUGUACAUCUAUAUAUUAGUGAUUAUUCCCUAGAUCCUGUCUGCAGAUACAGCAUUUGAAUCAUUCUUCAUGAUUGUUUUAUAACAAAUCUAAAAUGCUGCACUCACACUUUGUAUCUUUUGCCUUGUCAGAUUUUAAAUCUGGAACUAAUAAAGAGUUUCCUGUUCACAUUC